GACUAAAACAGUCCCAACAUCCGCAGCUGUCAAGCUGCCUCCAAAAGCAGCUUCAACUCGCAACUUCUUCGCACCUCUCAGAACUACUGACAAGGACAUGAAGACUACUGGAGCAGAAGGCUCCAAGAAAAUCAGAUAUAUCCUUUUCAAAUGUCACUCGUGAAGACAGCUAAACACAUGUUGCGCAAGGAUAUUAAGAAGAUGAUUGCUGUGAUGGAACCAGAAGAGAAGAAAUAUCAGUCUGACUUUGUCACUGAAAAGCUCCUGUCAAGGCCUGAAUACCAGAAAAGUCACAGGAUUUCUGUUUUUAUCAGCAUGAUUGAUGAGAUACAAACAGAUAAAAUUAUACAUAACAUUUUUGAGUCUGGGAAAACUUGCUUCAUCCCAAGAUACGCAGACGGUAGCCGUGACAUGGAGAUGGUGCGGCUGUAUUCUCUUCAGGACCUGGAGAACUUGCCUAGAACCAAAUGGAACAUCAAACAACCACCAGAAUCGGAGGAAAGAGAAAAUGCUUUGGAAACAGGAGGGCUUGAUUUGGUCCUUGUGCCGGGUCUGGCCUUCACAGUGAAUGGCCGCAGGUUGGGCCGAGGCAAGGGCUAUUACGAUACGUUUCUGAACAGAUGCCGGGCAACCCAGGCCACGCCGCCAUUCACCGUGGGACUUGCCUUCAGCCAGCAGAUAGUGGCUGACAUUCCCACAGACAAGAAUGAUGCGUGUAUUGACCUAGUGCUCUACAGGAUGUAACUGUAUGGGUGUGAAAUUUGGUACCAAAGUGACAAGUGAAUGGAGAAAAAUAGUGACGGGCUUCACAACUGGUAGAUUUUAUCUUGUUCUUUUUCAGCUUUCAUGGAUUAUUACCUCUGGCCUAAUCCUAUUCGGAAUUCACAGUGAAACAGUGAAUAGUUCAGAUAUUUUUCUCAGGGUUCAUCUAUAUUCAGCUGGUAUUGUGGUCUUCUGGGUUAUGUUAUCAUGUAGUCCAGUAGGUGGGUCCCACGAUUGUGGAGGAAUAAAGUGCCUCUAUUUUUAGUCAGUAUGUUCCACCGAGAUGUUUGUUCCUGCCUGCCACUAGACUGUGCAGUGAAACUGCAUAGAAGACCACAACAUGAAUCUUAAAGGUUCUGAAAAACUCAGAAAGAUUUCAAUAAUGGGAUUCUAUGCGGUUGGUAAUGAGUUGUGUGUGUUUUAAAACAGGGCAUUCUUUGGACAAGCUGUAUAGCUAACCGUGUGGCUUCUGCGAGAGUCACAGUAGUAGAUACCGCCACAGAAUAAGCAUAGGGCACUAUAUCUCACAUUUGCCGUAAACACGCACAGCUGACAUUCAUCAUGACAUGGCUUUGUAGUCCAGAAGCAUGUUUUCUUCUCCAAUAUAGUCGCAUUCUGCACACUUCUUUAUGUUAGCUUUAAUGCGUUGCAACAAGCACUAUAUGUGUAUCAAAUCAGACAUAACAGUGCAAAGUCUGAGGUUCUCACAGCGAUGACUAUGAAGACUGUCUUACAGGAUGUGAAGCUAUGUAGUCUGAUACAUCAUUAUCGACAUUUCGGAGGAACAUGCAGCCUGUAACUUCAAAAUGGAAGAGACCUUUUAUACUGUGAACAUAUAGGCAGCAUGUUCCUUCGCUCUUUAACAUGAAGAUGGAGUCAGAAUAUUCCUCCAAGAAGUCAGUAACCAUGUUACAGCGUCACAUCUCACAGGACAACAGUCUUUUUUAGGCUGCGGUCAAAUUAGCUCCAUAUUCGGCAAAAGUAGCAAAUUCCCGUAUAACACCAAACGUUGUUCGACUGAGGGGUAUGAUCUCAUUUUCGGCAGUUUGUCAUCAGACUAUUGCCUGAAUUUGACUCUGUGUCGAAACGUAUUUAUUGGAGACAUACCUUGUUCUCGAAAUGUUAUUUGCAAAGCAAAAAAGGAAAGUUCUGAGUCAACGAAAUUUAUGAAGAGCAGGGAAAAUACAGCGAAUUCCUUACUGUUUUCUCACUCUUGCUGGAACAGCUGGAUAUGUUUUGUGAAUACUUGUAUGUAAGGUAACGCCUGAUUUUAUUUUGAAACAGACUGUAUUUAAAGAAGCAGUCAAAAUUUCUGAAGUGUUUAUCUCCUAGUAAAGACCAGCGGUAACGUUAAGAUAAGUUCAAUUAUUCACAAAAUUUCAGUAUUCAUUUCAUUCUCAUUCAUUGGCUGAGUGAGAUUCUGAUGCCACUGCAACUCAGUUCCACAGAUUCAUAGAUACUUGCAUGUUGUGGGACUUUUUAUUUCUAGUGUCCCAUAACUGUCUUUCAAAAACUAUCGCAGUUCGUUUUCCAUUGCAACCAUUAUCUGUAGUUACGGUUUACCACAGCUUGAGAGCAUAACACACGGCAGCGAAGCUCACUUCCAGUAGGUCUUGCAAGUACUGACCUUCGGGAGUACCGAAAUAGCGGCAGAAUACGGAGUUAAUAUGACUGUUGUCAGAACAUGACGCAGAUUAGGAUCCCGUCUGUCUGUAUUCGAAACUGUGUUGGAUAAUGUAAGGAAAGUUUUUUAUUUUACUCACCAAUUAAAAAGAAAGUAAUUAGAUUCUUGAAUUGAGCGUUAGCCGCAGGAAGUUCAAAAAGAUGUACUCACUUGAAACUGUUUGCCUCUGAGAUACAGAUUUACGUGUUCUCCUGGUGCUUACCUUUCAUAAUUUUCCUUCACUUCUUGGUGAUGCAGCCCAGUUCGUGCUUUCGCCUCUUCUGUUGUGAAGACCAUUUCAUAAUAUUAAUAGAUUGGAUUGUCACGAGACAGCAGAGGAAGGCACAAACAUCCGGGAUUUGAAAUCGCAAUCCCAGUGUUUUAGGCAACCGAAAUUGAUUUUGGUUAUCUUUGUGUACAGAUGUGUAGAGAAGGAAAUCACGAGAACCUCGCAUAACAUGUCUCCAAACUGAAUGCCUUUCAGUAUCACGAAAAGUCGAGGAAUUUUCAGGAAUUAUUGCAAACGGAGGGGAAGUUAUUUCUCAUUCUUACGAAACAAGCAAGAUAACUGAGGAAAUGUUAUAAUUUAUUUGUUCGUAAUUGCUUCAUACAUUCUUGCACGUUAAAUAAAGCACCAUAAAAUACACACCCUCUGGCUUACCGCCAGUUAAUGGGCACCGUCCGCUCGCGUUACAUUCUGCCACUUUCUCACUGAAUAUCUUCAACAUAGGAAACAAUCUCUGUUGUCGGAGUUUGACUGCCAACGCUGUCGUUACAAAUAUACACUUUGAGAGUGCGGCAGUUCACACGUCUAAAUUUGUUGAGGUGUCAGACGUCGAAUAAACUUGGAUAAAACUAGGCGAGUUAUCACAUGACGAAGCGUGUCAGUCCCCAGAUUCAGAUGUAUGACAGAAUAUAAAGGCUUAUCAGUUUCAUUGUUGUUAGUUCUGUUAACCGUAGUUUUGUCAGAUUAACGGAAAUAAUAUGGGGCACAGACAAACGAGCUGUUACUACUUACACGUCAGUGGAAAGGUGACACCCUGGUGGAAAAGAGUUUACCUAAUUACUUAAGCUAGCAUCCUCUUUAAAUGUGGCUGCUGUUCUUUAUUUGUAAAAUUUGCGUUCUCUACUUUCUCAUUUCAGGCCAUUUAAAACGUUGUGUUCCUGUACGUUUUGCGAUUUUGUACAGUUUUAAACCUACAUCUCGUGGGCAGUGUUAAUUUUAAAUCUUAUGGCACAGCUUUUAGUCUGAGUGAGUUACAUUUCUGUAAAAUUAUUGGCUUUUUAGUUUAAAAGGAUUGUUUUUCAGAUAGUGCAGCUGGGGUUCAAUGAAACUUUCCAUACUGGGGCACAAUGAAACCAUAAAGAAAACGGCGACAGUUAAAUCAGACGUUUUUAGAUGAAUAUUUAAUUAUCUGGAGUUCUACUGUCAUGUAAAUAAAAAGGAUUGUUUGGGUGAAAGGAACAUUCAGAUUCGAACCAGGGGGAUUUUAUGGUUCUUGAAUAACCUAUCAGUAUUCUUAAACUUAUAUUUUCCAUAUUGAUGAGGUUCUGAAGUCCGAAGUCGUUAAGUUCUUUGCUUAUGUCUUAUAAAAUCCAAUUCAGAAAAUCAAUUUGAUAAAAAUGUUAAGUGUGUUUCAUUUAACUCCAAGAUCUGUGCCAUUGUGCCUCUCCAGUGGGGUAUACUCAAAUUAUACAGUUAUGAUCUUCAAUUUCUUUUGAUAUCUAGUGUGAAGUAAUGAGAACAUCUGUAUACCAAUAGGUUAACAAUAUAUUGUGCUUCAUGUAAGUGUUUCAGGAAAAUAUGUUGAACAUAUUU